AUGAGGUGCUCUUCGAUUCUGAUUUUCAUAUCUUUCGUGGGAUUGCUCCUCCGCAAAGAGGCGCUGGCUCAGUUCCUAGAGCCAGAAUGUGGCCUCUCAGGCAUGGACAUAAAAAUUUUUGGCGGUGUUAAUGCUACGCACGGAGCGUUUCCAUGGAUGGCCUACCUCUAUUUUAACGAAAAUACUUUCUUAUGCGGUGGAUCUCUCAUUCACAAAAGAAUUGUCCUGACUGCUGCUCACUGCAUUCGGAAUACGGAAUAUCUCUCUGUACGUCUGGGGGAGCACUAUACCGCAUCCAGGGCAGCCAGCUCUACAGUCUACAGAGUGACCCUGGCCAUUAGGAACCGUCUCUACAGCAAGACUGAGCAUAUCCACGACAUUGGUUUACUGAGGCUCGAUCGUGAGGUGAUGUUCAACGCAUACAUCAAGCCGGUGUGCAUCAUCACGAAUCCAAGAACGGUACCGUACGUUAGCACCUACACGGCUACAGGGUGGGGCAGGACGGAGAACAGUGUGAUAUCCGCGGUGUUGCAAGUGGUUCAGUUAACGGACACCGAUCCCAACAGGUGUUACGAAUACAUGAAGCUCCGGCUCGGCCCUGAACAGAUCUGCGCCUUUAAUCCCACUGGCGACACCUGCUCAGGAGAUUCCGGCGGUCCGCUGGUGCAGAUUGUGAACAUCGAUGGCAUCUGGCGGUAUGUCCAGUUCGGCAUCGUUAGCUACGGGAUGGAAAAUUGCAUGAGUCCGGGAGUCUAUGUCCGGGUACACCACUAUGUGGACUGGAUUCUUGAUAAAAUACAAAUUGCGCUUACCUACAAAGAGGCGCUGGCUCAGUUCCUGGAGCCACAAUGCGGCCUCUCAGGCGUGGACGAUAAAGUGUUUGGCGGUGUUAAUGCCACGCACGGAGCGUUUCCAUGGAUGGCCUACCUCUAUUUUAACGAAAAUGAUUUCUUAUGCGGUGGAUCUCUCAUUCACAAAAGAUUUGUCCUAACUGCUGCUCACUGCAUUCGGCAUACGGAAUAUCUCUCUGUACGUCUGGGAGGGCACUAUACCGCAUCCAGGUCAAACAGUUCUACAGUCUACAGAGUGACCCUGGCCUUUAGGAACCGCCUUUACAGCGAGGAGAAUCAUGUGCACGACAUCGGGUUACUGAGGCUCGAUCGUGAGGUGAAGUUCAACGCAUACAUUAGGCCGAUCUGCAUCCUCACAAAUAGCACGGUGAUACCUCGCAUUACCACCUACACGGCUAUGGGAUGGAAUAUGACGGAGAACAAUCGGACAUCCGCGGUGUUUCAAGCAGUUCAGUUGACGGAAAUGAAUCUCAUCACGUGUUACGAUUACAUGAAGCUCCCGGUCGGUCCUGGACAGCUCUGCGCCGCUAAUCCCACUGGCAACACCUGCUCAGGUUAUUCAGGCGGUUCGCUGGUGCAGAUUGUGAACAUCAAUGGAACCCGGCGGUUUGUCCAGUUCGGCAUCGCCAGCUACGGAGUUCCGAGGUGCAUGGGUCCGGGAGUCUACGUCCGAGUCCACUACUAUGUGGACUGGAUUCUUAAUGUAAUACGACAGGGGCUUACUCUCAAAAUUAAUCAAUAA